AUGCAGACCAUUCAGACUGUAGAGACCCAGGUGCCUUUCCUGAAGGAAAGCUUCUUCACCACAGCAUUUAAAGACAGGAGGAAGAGUAGUGUGACUAACCUGCUCCGCAGACAGCAACAACAACAACAUCAUCCUCACCAGCCGCUUCCGUCUUCUCUGGACGGGGAGGAGCCUCGCAUUGAGCAUGCUCGGCUGGGUCGCUCAUCCAGCAGCCCGUUAUGCAACAAAGCGGAGCGAGCAGAUAGGAAGAGGGAGGGGGAGGGAGACAGUCAGUCUGUCAGCCUCCUCUCAGCAGCAGCAUCCUCACAGCUGCUCCUGACACCGGCGAGCAGGCAGGGAUUAGUGCUGAGCUCCCGGAGAACCAGUUCAGCAACCCAGGAGCAGCAGCCCCAUCCCCAGCAGCAUGGCCUGAUCGCUAAGGGGGUCCGCCUGUUUAGGAACAUGGGGAACCAGGAGGCCAAACAGAGGAAGGCGGCAGGGGGAGACGCCCCUUGUGAUGGGGGAGCCGAGGACAGGGAACCGGAGUGCUCCAAUAAAGGCAAGAAAUCCAAAGGGGGAGAUGCCGGCAAGAAGAAAUCCAAAUCGGAAUCCAAAAGCUCUGUGUUUUCCAGUAUGCGGAUCAGGAAGAGUCUGUCGAAGGCGAAGGGGUUGUCCAAGGAGGAUAUCCUGGACGGCAAGGGGUCCCAGCUGGAGGAGACUGGUGGGGUCAACAGCAGCCUCUCCGCAGACGAGUUGGGAAUGAUGUCGGAUGGUGAGCCAGAGCAAGUCCGCUUGACAACAUUGGGGCCAGAGGACGAGGGCCGGAGGACUAGUUCAGGAUCGGACGGGGACCUCUACAGCUUCCACUCUGCUGCGGCUGAUCAUGAGGACCUGCUGUCGGACAUCCAGCAGGCUAUCAGGGAGCAGCAUGGGACCGCUGACGGGGUCCUGGAUAGGGUCACUGUCCCUUUGGCUGAGGGGGUCACCUCCCCCACCGCCGAUGGUGAUGUUGAACCCCUAGCCCCUCACCCCACUGACCCACAGGAGGUAGGCUCCACUCAGGGGCCAGACCUGGACAAGGGACAGGUGGAUGAAACACCUGUUGGUACUGAUACUGUAGGACCAGACCAAAGUGCUGAGCGUGGACAGUCAGAGGCAGAGGGAGGUGUUGCAUCUGGGGGGGAGUCAGAUUUAGGUUCACCAAGCGACAGUGGCCCCUCCUCGGCUGCCCUGGACACCGAGAGGAGCAGUGGAAGCCCCCUGCCCAAAACCUCCAGCACCUACAGCUUCACAGACACCACCACCACCACUUCCUAUGAGAGCGCUGAGGAGCCCCAGGACGCCCUGGAGAGCCCGGUGGUGACCUCCCAGCUGACUCAGAGCCAGAGCUUUGAUGAGGGGGGUAGCACCAUCGAGGGGGUGAGGUGCAUUAGGUUGGGAACGGCCUCAGGGUCACCCAGAAGUGUGAGUAACAUGGACCUGACUGUGGAGAGGGAGGAGGGGGACAGGGGGAGAGACUUCUGGUCCCUGAGCAGGAGGAAAAGUAGCUAUUCUGUCUCUCUGCUGACGGCUGACAGUUCCAAAAGAUCCCUUUCCAGAAGGACGUCCUCCACUACCUCCACUGUCAAGCCCUAUCCUCCCAUCCACCCUUCCUACGUGAAGACCACCACCAGGCAGUUGACAUCCCCCAUAGGCUCCCCCAGCCAGAGCCCCCUUAUUCCCCGUAGGACGGGGCCAGGCUUUGGGGCAGGGUAUGGGGCCCACAAGGCCCAGGUGUGGAGGACCACCAGGCAAAGGUCCUGCAGUAUUGCUGGGCCUCUCAGUCAUUCUGCAGACUGGACCAAGGAUCUGGAAGGCCUCAGAGCUAGGCAUGAGGACGCCACUGACCUCCAGGAACAUGGGGGGUCAGAGAGAGGCUUCCCAGGGGCUAGUCUGACCCUAGGCACCAGACGACGCCUCUCAGGUGUCCAGAACACCACAACAGGUCCAUAUCAAGAUGUCUUCUCUGGUAAGUGACUGAGCAUAAAGGUGCUAAAUGAGUUACAGGGUAACAUUGGUAGAAAUGGGGUAAAUAUGUUGGUUAGAUAAUCAUUUAGACCUAUUAUGGCUGGGAAUCCAUGGAGGGCUGGUUGUAAACCAUAGUUUUUGGCUUUGAGCCUUUUUGCCAAACAGGGAUUAUGUGACUGUGUAAUGGUAAUUAUCGUCAUGUAAAAUGACAUAGUGUAUUUAUAAAUAUUUAGAUAUAAAUGUAUUUAUAUUAAACAUCACAUCAUGUAAUGUAAUGAUACAGUAUAUUGAAUUUGAAGAUCGACCCCUGUAAGAACGUACUGUGCUGUGCCUUAUCGAACAGUAUGUUGAUAUGGAUAUCCUCCUAUCUCAGUAUUAGCAGGCUACAGAAGGCUGAUGGUCUGGGGCUCAGCUGUUUUCAGCUCUCUGCUCCUGCAGCAGUGCUGAUUGUGAAAAUUAUCACUCACCCAUGGCAAUGCCAUUCUUUGCCCAACUGUCUCAGAGGGCUACACACACCCACAAGCACACAAUUUAUGUAUUACUUUUUAACUCUGCAUUGCUGGGAAAGGGCUCAAAAGUAAGCAUUUCACUGUAAAGUCUGUGACAAAUAAAAUGUGAUUUGACCCCUUCACAUUUCCACAGCUGAACUAUAGCUAGCUAUUCAGAUAAUUCCUUGAUACAGUGGUAGGUUGCUAUGUCUUGCCCAAGAUUUGAGCUGUCAAACUUGAUUAUCAGUUCAUCAUUCUAUCAGCCAGACCAUCUUGUUAUCCAGUCUGGCCCUGGUUUGCCUCAGCUAUUGGAGUAAUCAGUCAUGUGACAUGGAUCUGUUUUGAGAGAUUAUCAAUAGGGACAGGGGUCACUAGCCUUUAAACUGAGGGGAAGGGGAUUCUUUACUGGUGCUGUUGUUGUUUGUGUUCAUGUUUUAAAGGCAAAAAAAUACAGUUUAUUUGGAUAAGGUUGUUCAUCAUAUGUUUAUCUAAAAGAGUGUUGGCUAUUGCAUGGAGCAACUAGGAGCAACGUCGCAUUUUAACAAUCAUUUUGAUUUCUUAAUGUUCUUUAAUCACACUGCUUAGAUACGUCUAAUAUAGCUUUGAACUAACCUUACCUGAUCAUAAUCUAAAAAACAUCCAUUGCAAGGACGGGAAUAAGUUUUGUAUUGCUAAAUGUUUUUUUGCUACCUCGCGAACGAGAGACAAUUGUAAACACAACGCGGGAAAAAACUACUUUGCAGCGUCGCACAGCGUUAAUUUUUUUUCUUCCCCUACUGGAUUUUGAUUUCUUCAUUAUUAGUGCUAUGUAACUGACAUUUGCCGCUAUUUGCAGUUGGCUCACGUGUUCUAGCUAAUUCAAGUCAUAACACGUAUAUAAUAGCAUUAUAGAUGAUUAGUUUGACUGUGUUAAUUGAAUCUCCUGCCAGUAGAACAUGGAUCAGUAGAGGAGUAGUCCUACUUCUCCCAACCAAAGCUCCUCUGGUCACAUUGCCAUGACUUGUGACCUCUCUGGAUUAGAAAACCAGGCCUUCCCUUACUCUGUCUAGGCCUGUUCAGAGAUUUUCUGAUUAUCACAGUGAUUUCUAUAAUAAUCCCACAACUCUCUCCAUCCCUUUCGUAACAUGCACAGCUGAGCAAUGUGGUAGGAUUAUUCCUCCCUUCCUUAUAUGGUUCAAUGACCAGGAUGGUUCUGAUAAAUACUGUUCUUUUGAUGGUAGCCUAGAGUACUGUUUAAAUGCCAGCUGUUAAUGUGAAGGUUAAACCAUGGCAUUUGCAGAAAGCAUCUUCCAUCAUGUGAUUUCUAAGAAGGUGCCCUCUUUUGGCCACCUCUGGACCAAUAGAUGUUGUACAGAGAAGUUGAAAACACAGUAUUUAUAAUAGUACUAACAUAAUACUGUUUUACAGUACUACAUCUAGCUAACGUAUCACUGUAUAAUGUUUUUUUUUUUUUUAACUGGGUGGUCGAGCACUGAAUGCUGAUUGGCUGAACGCCUUGGUAUAUGAGACCAAAUACCAUGGGUAUGACAAAACAUUUAUUUUUACAGUUCUAAUUAGCUUUGUAACCAGAUUAUAAUAGCAAUAUGGCACACAGGGGUGGAGUAUAUGGCCAAUAUACCAUGGCUAAGUUCUUAGGCACAACGCAACUCAGAGUUUAUAAAAAACAAGCAUUAUACAGUGAUACGUUAGAUACUUAGUGAUAGCUAAUACUAUCCAUACAUAUUGUACCUAGUUUUGCUCCAGCAUUUUCUAUAAUGAUGUAGAUUAGAAGCUCGAAACUGCUUGCACUUGUUGGUGUCAAUUAUCGAAGCUACUUGCACUUGUAGGUGUUAAUUAUCUUGUCUGACUCUGUGAUCUAACAUCUCACACUCUAUCUGUAGAUCUUUGAACGUUAAAGUUUCUGUGUGUAUCUCAAUCAAUUACAAAAAUACCUCUGCUCUCUCAUCAAUAUCCUCUGCAGUAUCUGUUUCUUCAUAAUGGUGUGUCUUCCCCAGAUCUGUUUUAUGAAUAUGAGCUCUACUCUCUAUGGAUUUUGCUAGGGAGGGAGGGAGGGGAGGGGGAGGGGCUUCUUUUUAUUUCGGGGGGGGAGUAGGGGAGGGAGGGAGGAGGGAUGAGGGAGAGAGAGAGAGGAUGGAGAGAAGCUGAGAGAGGAGAGGAGAGAGGAGAGAUAAGGCGGAGGUGAGGGGGGAGAGAGAGGAGAGGGGAGAGAGAGAAGAGAGGACAGAGCUCUUCUAAUUUUAGUGACGAGAGCGAUGAGAGAGAGUCAGGAUCUCCACAGGAGAGCGAGAGAAGAGUAGAAGGAGAAAGAGAGCGAGAGGAAAGAGAGAGAGGGGAAGAGAGAGGAAGAAAGAAUAAAUCUAUCUAUUCUCUCUCUCAUCUCUCUCUCUCUCUCUCUCUCUCUCUCUCUCACUCUCUCUCUCUCUGUGUAUCUCUUUCUGUCUCUCUCGCUCUCUCUCUCUCUCCCUCUCUCUCUCUCUCUAUCUCCCUCUCUCCCUCUUCCUCUCUGUCUCGCCCUCUCUUUCUCGCCCUCUCUCUCUCUCUCUCUCUCUCUCUCUCUCUCUCUCUCUCUCUCUCUCUCUCUCUCUCUCUCUGUCUCUUCCUCAGGACACACCCUGUUGGAGCGUCUAUGUCUGCAGCAGGGGAAGGGAGUGACUGAGGAGGAGGCGGAGAGGUUGUGUUGUCAUAUGUUGGGCCUGGGGCUGCUGCAGCCCCUCAGUGACUGUUUCAGAGAGCAGCAUGGAGUCAGUGUCACACCAGUCACAGCCACCUUUAAGGUGAGAACUGUUUACUUACUAACAUUGUUUCACUGCUGCCAUUUCAACAAAUAUCACACUGAUCAAAGGCUGAUAGCCUGAACUGGCUAGUAUCACUCACUGGAUGAUAGUUUAAUAGGAACAAAUUAAUUCGAACAAAUGUAUUCUGGGUUAUUUAUCAAAUAUCCACCAUCCACCUCCCUAUGCUCUUGUCUCCAUAUCUGGAUGGUUUUAUAUUUGAGUAUUUCCUCAUGUUGAUGUAACAGAUGUAUAUCGUACUCUCCUUGCGUUGUGUUUUCUCCUAAUAAAUCACAUCAGCCAGUGGUCCCAGUUGAGCAUAAUUUAUUUCUGUUGUUAAAUGGGAAACAGCACAUUAGUUGUGCAGAGCUUAACGAUAUUGAUGGCUGUCGAUGGCAAAAUAUGUAGCAUGAAGGCAACUGUGUUAGCAGUGGGCUUAUGUGACCAUUACGUCGGUGUAUGCUAGCUAACACACUUAUCUACAGCAAUCAUAUGCCAAAGCACAUCCCAGAAAGCCCCUCAAUCCCUAACAGGUACCAUAUACCCACACAUGUAUAAAUCAGUAACGUACAGCAACCUUGUACACAUAGUAAAAUAUAAAACAGUAUUCAGAACAUGACCUACCCCUUGCAUCACAUUUUCAUACUGGGAAGACCUGUACCAGCUCAGCUGGUAGAGCACGGCGCUUGUAACGCCAAGGUAGUGGGUUCGAUCCCCGGGACCACCCAUACACACGCAUGACUGUAAGUCGCUUUGGAUAAAAGCGUCUGCUAAAUGGCAUAUUAUAUUAUUAAAAAGACCUGACGUUCGCGAUCUCCCCCUAGCUGCAAGAGGGGCCAAUCACAACACGCCUUAUUGUCAUCAGAGUUGAACCAACCAAUAAGAAUACUUGAACAUUAAAUACACAUUUCUUUAGAGGCAAGUGGAAACAUAACCAACCCUGUUACAUUGAGAACAGUUCUUUUGGUCAGCCUAACCAUAUGAAACUGAUUUCAUAAAUGUUUAAAUCCUUUUCCCAGUAACGCUUCACUCGGACGUAAUCUCAUGUUUGUGUGGUUAUAAUUUUCCAAGCAAAGUUCGUUGAGCGCGCUGUCAGUGCCAUUUUUAUCACAUGCCCCUUGCAGCUGAAUCCACUCAGCUGUAAGGUUCUUAGUCUGAGGAUUUAAAUAUAGAUUUCACAGCUUAGUAAUUUUUCAUAACUAUAAUUUGUUUUGUGUGCGUGUGUGCAUGCAAUCAUGUGUCUGUGUGUGUGUGUGUGCUUCCUGUUGCAGUAUCUCCAUAGGGACUGAACAUUGUGUCGUGAAGCAAUGGGUUGUCAUGUUUCCUUUCUUGGUGUGCCAUGUGAUCAGAGCUGCUUUUCUUUUGCUCAGCCACCAAAGAAGAUUUGUGUCUGAACAGAUGAGCAUUUGUCUCUGGCUGCACUGUGCACCUCCCCCCUUAGAUACACUCACAUACAUAAACACACUGUCACAAACACUCAGUCAUAACAUGCACACAAAAUCACAUAGAAUUACAAUAUGUCCCUGCAAUGUAUGCAAGCACACAUAGUACCCUAGAAACAGGCAUACACAUAUUCACACAUGCUUUCAUUCAUUCAGUACACAAACACACACACACACACACACAUGCAUGCCUUACAAACAGUCACUCUGUGACACACACACAUCUGCUUGCGUAGACCAUCUGCUGACUGCGUUGCGUAAGAGCCCCACGUGCCCAGGGCUCAGGCUGCUCUUCAGAAGGCUCACUGUGCCUGGGUUGGUUCGAGCAUGUCGUCCCCUCUCACUGUCUCUACCUGGGGUUGGACCUGCAGCUCUGCAUUAUUCACCUUGACCAGAGUCAACCUCUAACCGUGUCUAUUGACAACGCUGUCCUCCCUCACCCGCUGUCCUCCCUCACCCGUCCUCCCUCACCCGCUGUCCUCCCUCACCCGCUGUCCUCCCUCACCCGCUGUCCUCCCUCACCCGCUGUCCUCCCUCACCCGUCCUCCCUCACCCGCUGUCCUCCCUCACCCGCUGUCCUCCCUCACCCGCUGUCCUCCCUCACCCGUCCUCCCUCACCCGCUGUCCUCCCUCACCCGCUGUCCUCCCUCACCCGCUGUCCUCCCUCACCCGCUGUCCUCCCUCACCCGCUGUCCUCCCUCACCCGCUGUCCUCCCUCACCCUUUUUCUCUCUCUCUCUCUCUCUCUCUCGAUCACUCUCUCUCUCUCUUUCUCUCUUUCUCUCUCUCUUCCUCCCUCCCUCUCUUCUCUGUCCUCACUGUCCGCUCCCCUGUAAAAGUAGAAAGCCUUUUUUGACUCCCUGAAAUAUAAUCCCUCCCUAUAGUGCCACUAUAAUGAAUCAGCAUUGUCUCUAUGGAGAAAAUAUUGUUGAUGUGAUAGAGUAGGGGCUAUGACAGGUUCUGACCAUGUUUUAGUCUCUGCCUGUACUGGAGUUGUGAUUCUGGCUCCAGCUCAAGCUGGGGUUCUGGUUAAGAUUUUGUUCUGGCAUUGACUUCACAGAGAAAAUAACGCCUCAGGCGAGCUCUCAGACUGGAACAGAAUGAAUAUGUGCUCCGUAAAGUGUAGACACCCACUCAUACGCACGCACGCAUACACACAAACACACACACUUGACAUGCACAGUGUUGGAAUGGCUUGAUCUUCUUACAUAAAUUGAUAGUCAUUAUGUAGAGGUCUGUGAAUUAUCCGAUUUAUUUACAAUAUAUUUAGAUUCAGACUAAAUUGGGCCCUUAGAAUUGCCCAAUUGCAUGUGGUUAUAUAUUCAAUAUCAUAUUACUGUGCCGUGCUGAAAGUGCUUGCUGCAAUGGAACCAUUCACAGCCAUUUCCCAGGGGAAAAAAUUGCUCAGUUGAUAAGUAACAAGCUCUCAUGCAUUAAGCUGAACUAAUAGAAUAUACACAGUAACAAGCUGAGUUUUCAUAUAUCAGAUUAAUGAGAAUGGCUUUCUUUUAGCUUCUCGCAAUUUUCUACGUUCCACUGUACAAUAGGGAGUCUUGCGCUAAGCAAACACUGUACCUUAUCUCAUUUAGGAAAAGUGGACGUUUUUAUUGGUUCGAUUAGUACAGUGAAAGGCCUCUCUGUUAGGCAGUGUUGGUGGAUGUCCUCUGAAUCAACAGAGGGAUUUACAUAGGUUGCUUUAUUUAUUUAUUCCUUGAAGUAAAAUGUGAUUAAAUAUGAAUGGAGUUCCUUGUUUCUCUGUCAGCUAUUUAGUGUACGUUAAAUAGCUGUCUGCCUUUUUGUCUGUGCACUGCCCUGUUUUGGCCUUUAUUUGUGUGUAAGUAAACCAAAUCAAUUUAAUUAAACUGAAAAUGAUGUAGGUCAAAUGUCCCAGUUAUAUUCGCCUGGUUAUUAUAUGGUGUUAAUAUACAAUGUGAAUAAAACAUUGAUGUUAAGGUAAAUACUGUAAAAAUGCAUUCUAACAUGUUCAUUGUUUGUUUUUCCCUCCCCCAGGAGGACCAGCUGUAUACUUGGGCCACCUUUGGCCUGCCCUCCCACCUCUGGGAGGCCCAUGAAGGUCGCACCCCAGGCCGCAUCCAGGGCCUGUGGCCCCCUCCACAGCCAGCUCAGGUAUGUUUUCAACACUGUGUGUUUUAUGUAGUGUACCACACCAAGCAGACGAGCUCCAGAGGAGAACAUUUAUUCAGAUAGUGUGACAUUGAAAAUGUUGCGUCACCUUCAACCGAAUAGAAAAUGACUGUGUGUGCCUCAGGAGGAUAACAGAUCUUUGUACUCUUUUAUUUGCUCUUACAACUGGAAGUGAAUGACUACCCAGACAUGUUUUGUUACAAUACUGUCCUCUUGUGGUUAUAUCUUGUAUAUGUUGUAUAAUGACAGAGCAUGAGGAUAUUACUCCUGUUCUUCCAACAGAGGUCAGGCUUGGCUUGAAUUCCUAUGAUAACUUUCAUAGGUCAUUGUCAGAAGCAGGUAAACUUCAUAUCCUGUGAGCUCCUUACCUUGUAAUGGUCACUUAGAAAGACUAGGACUGUAAACUCAACACAAACUGUAGUAACUAUGGUAACAUGGCUGGAGCGUGUGCAUCUAACUAUGGCCUCUUUGAAGCUCAUUGAGACUUUGAUCAUCUCAUGGGUCAAAUAUUUUAAGUCUCCCAAUCAAUGUUCUAACUACCCAGGUGCCAGAAGCUUGGAGUCUAAACAUGUGGCCUUCCCUGACCUGACCCUGACCUGACCAUGACCCUGACCCUGACCCUCACUUUACCCUGACCUGUAACCCUGAAACCAAACACCCUCAGUUGUGGGUGUUUGUUUACCCUUAUUCACUCAGGGUGUGGCAUCUACUAGCUUUGAAGUCUGAGGAAUUAUGUAUUUAUUUUGUAAAAAUAGUUCCUGCCUCUCGUUAAAUAGUAGAAAGCAGAUUAUUCAGUCAACGUUCCUAUCGGUCCUAGACUAUGGCAACAUCAUCUAUAUGAACGCAGCUGCCACUUCAUUAACGCCGUUAGAUGCAGUUUAUCAUAGCCCACUGUGCUUUAUUACGGGCGACAAUUUUAGUACUCAUCACUGCAUUCUCUACCAGAAAGUUGGUUGGCCCUCUUUGAUGUCAUGUAAGUUGAUGAACUAAUAUGUUUUCAUUUAUAAAGCCCUUUUACAAAAGGUCCCACUGUACCUAACAUCAUUACUAAACUUUAGACAUAUGAGUUACCACACCCAGUCUCAGGGAUGGCGAACUCUGGAAAUUCCUUUGGUCUCUACUGAGUUAGGUAAAUCAGCUUUUAGUUUCCUUGCACCUUAUUUGUGGAACAAUCUUCUAAAUGUUCUUAAAUUUGAUGUUCUGGUGCCUCUAGGGCAAUUCAGAAAGCUGAUUGAUGACCUUAUUACUGAUGAAUGUGUUUGAUUUUUAUGACAGUGUUUUUCUUUCUGCUUGCAUGUUGUAAUUAUAUUUGGAUGUAGGUCAUUCAGGGCUCAUCUGUAAAAGAGACCUUGGUCUCAGUAUGACUCAAAACAUCACUUUAUGUAAUAUUCAAAUGUACAAAGUUCUGUAUUUUAUUGCUGCUGCUUGAAAAGUGGUCUGAAAUACUUUUUUCAUGACAGAUUUCGUCAAAGUUCGGGAAUCUGUCACAAGAGGACAAUGGCAGUGAUAUUACAGGGCUGGAGCAGACCAUUAAUGACUUGAGGAUAAAGAUUGCAGCACUGGAAAUCCAGCAUGCAUCUCUGGAGAUGGAGAUCCACUCUAAGGAGAGUGGGGAUGGGGACAAUACUGUGGCCUUGGGGGGUGUCAACCUCACAGGAAAGAAGAGGAUGGAUGUUUCCGUACAGACAUCACCUGUGGAGGAGGCCUUUAGAUUUGAAGUGCCUUUCAGGGGAGGGUCAAUCCCCUCCUCAAACUCUGUCCCAGCAAUCUCCUCCUCCUCCCUCCCCAGACCUGACUUUGUCUGUACCUGCCAACAGCAGCAGCAGAGUGGUACCCAGCCCCAACCUCCUCCCACCCCAGGUAUACCACCUCCUCCUCCUCCUCCCCCUCCUCCUCUACCUCAACUCUCUGGAGGGCCCCCACCACCUCCACCCCCUCCCCCUCUCCCUGGUGGGGCUGGUCCUCCUCCUCCACCCCUCCUCCUCCUUUACCAGGUAUGGGCGGACCCUGUCCCCCACCUCCACCCCCUCCCCUGCCAGGCUUUGGACCUCAACCCCCACCCCCUCCACCAGGUAUGGGCCCCCCUCCUCCGCCCCCACCCCCCGGCGGUGGACCUCCACCUCCCCCAGGCUUUGGCCCUCCUCCCCCUCCCGGUGGUUUCAUGGCCCCCAUGGCCCAGGAGGCUGGCCCCCAGAAGGCACCCAUCGAACCCCCCAAGCCCAUGAAGCCUCUCUACUGGACCAGGAUCCAACUGCAUGCUAAAAAGUAAUUACUAAUCCACUUUAGUCCAAUGACUGUACAUACAUAUACAGUAUGUUUAUCCAAAGCUUCCUGUUUAACUACAGUAUAUGAGACAUCCAUAAACAUAACGCAUGAAUGAGAACGUAUGCAAAAGAUAGAGAUGGAUCAUUGACAUUCAUGGAGGCUAUAGAAGGGGUUUUCUACUGAAGAUAAAGAUCAGCCUUGUAAACCAACCCUAUACAGAUGGUAACCCAGUGAAACAUUUGUGAAAGAUGUGGGGAAAGAGUUUGGUGAGAUGUUGUUGAGUUGAAACAGGUGUUGUGAUGUGCUUUGCAGUGUUGGGGACGCUUCUCUGAAAUCAUAGUUUCCCAAACUACCAAUUGCUUCACACUGGAAGAAGUUAAGCUACACUAAAGCUACCCUUAAGAAAAAUACAGUUUACUUAACUAAAGCUACUUUGAAACUAAAGUUACUUUGGGAAAAAUUAUCAUAUCUAAAUAUGAAAUGUCAUAGACUACAAAUUGCAAGAACAGAUCACUCUGGGAUCAGGUGUUAACAGAAUGUGUGAUUUAGCCUAUUAAACACAAAAACUAUGUUUCAACUGAGAAUUACGCUGAUGCCGAAAAACUAAGGAAAUUCUUCCCUACUUCACAAUAUUUUAUUCUCCUUUUACAAAAAAAAAGUAGUGUGUAGUUCCAGUAGUUAGCUACACCGCUACAUGGCGAUAAAAUAAUUAACUACCUAGAUUUGACUUUAGUUCAACGACCACAAAGCUAAUGCAAAAUGUAGUUUAAUUACUAGUUGAACUACGUGUAUGUUCACUACUCCCCAACACUGCCGCUUUGGUACUGAUGCACUUGGUCCGACUCCAUACACGUAAAUAUAUCUUAUAACAGUACUGUGACGUGUAAAUAAGUCCACAUUAUAAUUACCAGAGGACAUGAUACAUAGUGGUGGUUUUAUGUAUAGUUAUUGGAAAUGUAAUGUACUGUACAGUUGUUGUCUGAAGAGGCGCUAUAGUGCUGGUCUUCCUGCAUUCUAGGGCUCGGUAAAGCAUAAAAUGCCAGACAUUUUCAGUUGUACGUUUGAGGUACAAAUCACCAGGAUAAAGACCCAAUGAAAGCGAUGUAAUACAGAUCUUUCUCUCUUCUACCUGAGGGAUGCGAGUGGUUCUCUGGUUUGGGAGAAGAUCGAGGAGCCGUCAGUGGAUUUUGAUGAGUUUGUCAAGUUAUUCUCCAAAAGUGCUGUGAAGGAGAAGAAAAGGCCAAUAUCAGACACCAUCACAAAGUCCAAGGCCAAACAGGUACUGUACAUUGUGUGAGCGUGUGUCUGCCUGUCUGCCCUUGACUCUCUUUAGUCCCAUCUCUGUCUCUUCCUGUCCCUCUCUCCAUCACACCAAUCCCCUGCCUGUAAAUGACAUGAGGAAGUGAUGUAGCCAGAGAGUGAUUAUGUGGUGUGAGGUCUGGCUCCCCUUGGCUCCCAGGCCCAGCGAAGCUCGGAGCCAGUGAGUGGCGUGUGGUAAGUAAACCCACACUGAUGACUGGGAGACACUGUGGCAGCCUCGUCUGUCCUGUGAUUCCUCCCCUGAGACCGCUGCUCUGUGGCUCAGACCCAAUAGUCUAACAUACCUUCCCUUUUGAACUUUCUACUGUACUUUUCUGUCACAGCCACUGAUCUAAAAGCAUUUGAUAGAUUUAAGUACCAUGGUGGAGAACUAGAUAGUCAAGCACUUCCCCUCUAAGUGGAAACAAGGAUAAAAAAUAGGGUUUAGGAGAGUAUUGGGACAGAGCCUUUCGUGUGCUCUUCCCUCUUGUGUGAGAGGGACUUCCUCUGUGUAUUCAGUACAGACAGACUUGAUGAUUGAUGAAGAGCAGAAAGCCAGGCUGAGUCACUUUUCAUACUCACUCUCAGUCAGAGCUCAUUAUGUCUGGAUUCAAUCAACCAUCCGACCAUACAACAUUCAUUCAUGACUUGGAUAUGAAUAAUAAUUUUGUAAGUAAUAAUGUAAUAGCAUUUGUAACGCAUUUUUUAUGCAUUACAUCGAAAGUGCUAGACAUGUCUCUUAGAUAUUUCCAUGUCCCAGAUUGUAAAAAAAAAAAUGGAUAAACAGCAUGUCUUGGUCAACGUAUGGAUAUACCUUGUUGUCAUCUUUCUGCCCUCUCAGACCUUCUUUCUUUGUUGUGACUGGAUAUGUCCCUUCAUAUCAGAGUGGACUGGCUACUUCACACUAUACUAGCCCACUUUGUUAUAUUCAAUGUUAGAUGUGAAACUGUAGAGAAAGAAUUCUGUACUCAGGCCUUGAGUUUACAUUAACAGACGUCUGCAUUUCUCUUCUGCCUCUGAGUACUUUUUCCACAUCAACAAAUGUUGUUUUGUGAUAAUUUAUUCUCUUUUAUGGUCUAAUGAAGAACAAAUUUUCCCUCAGGGUUUAUUUCUGGCAUGUGAUGCAGGGCUUUGUGGGUUUCGUAGAAAUAUGUGUAGGCCAAUGUUGAACACACAGUAUUACUGGAAUGAUUGACUCAUGACAUAGGGAGGAGACACAAAUAAAACAUCAAUCGGUGAUUGACGGGAAUUAAAGAUCUUUUAAAACCUAGGAUUCCAUUUCUGCACAUGGUUUGUAUGUAAUAUUUUCAUUCAAACCAUAUUCCCAUCAGGAAAAUGUUUUUGAAUGGAUAAUAAACUGUACAUUAAUAAACAGUUUAUGAUAAACCCUACCUCUUUAAGGAAUACCUGGAAUAGUGUAACAGUAAUCCUUCUACCCCCCCCCCCCCCCCCCCCCCCCACCCUCCCAUAAAAAAAAGAAGAAAAAAAGGGUGGUUGUCCCACUGGCUAUCAUAAAUUGAAUGCACCAAUUUGUAAGUCGCUCUGGAUAAGAGCGUCUGCUAAAUGACUUAAAUGUAAAUGUUAUGAUAUACUGCUGGAGAAUAGUUAUUCUGUAGAUCCUGUCAAAAGGAUCUACAAUGUGGUAUAAUGAUCUUCACUAUGAACUCAUCAGACAGUAUUAUACUGCUGUGUAGUACCCCAAAUAUGCACCUACAAUAGGAGCUUGUGCCAACUGAUAUAUGAUUUUUAAACACUUUUUUAGCAUUGACAAUUACAUUCUAUGAUGUCUACAGUGUGAUGGAAAACCAUUUAGCUGGAUAUGUUAGACUGUCUCUCUUUUGGCUGUGGCAGGAGGCAGGAGGUCAGUGAUGUAACUGUGUCCAUGUUCUAUGUUGUAGUUUGUGUGAUCUGGAGCACAUGGAUUUGGUCUGUCUGAGGCUAGGGUUUACUAGCUACACUCCCCACACCACUUUAUUACCCAGCAGCCACUCUGCUUUCUCAGCCUGACUGUGGUCACUGGGAGAGGCUACUCCACAGGAGGUUGGUGGCCUCUUAAUUGGGGAGGACAGGCUUGUGGUAAUGGCUGGAGCAGAAUCACUGGAAUGGUAAUAAAUACAUCAAACACAUGGUUUGAUGGCAUUCCAUUGGCUCCGUUCCAGCCAUUAUUAUGAGCCUUCCUCUCCUCAGCAGCCUCCACUGGUCUACUCUACUGUGAACUAUACAUGAUACCGCCCAUGGUUUUACCAAGGCUGUUGGUUUAUCUAUAUAUUUUAACUUGAUCAGCAGUUAUAAAUGUACUUGGCACAAUAUAGUGAAAUAUAGUAAAAGAUAGUGAUGAUGGAUAUUUAUUGUACAGAUGUAGAAUUUAAUUUGAUGGCCCUGUUGCAGGAUAACUUUCUCGCAAUGCAGGAAAUGUGAAACUUGUAGUGUAUUUGAGGUUUAAAAAGGCUUCUCAAGUUUGUAAUUUACACUUUGAAAUUUCAGACUUGAUUUUCCCUUGCGAAAAAAUGUAUCAACCCCUAGAAAAAUGUCCAUUAAUUAUAUUCCACAAAAUAAUUAUAAUUUCCUGUUGCUGCAAGAUUAUUUUCCUGCUGUAGCAAACUGGCUCAAAUUAAGAUCCUUCAUCUGUACAAUAAACAAUAUUUCGAGACUCCACAAACUAAAGCAGCUAAUUUAAAGGCCUAGUGCAGUCAAAAAUGUGAUUUUCCUGUGUUUUAUAUAUGUUUCCACACUAUGACGUUAGGAUAAUAUCCUAGCGUGAAAUUUUGAAAUUGAUGAUAAUGCCCUUUUAGUGUAAGAGCUGUUUGAAAAGACAGCCUGAAAUUUCAGCCUGUUUUGGUGGGAUGGAGUUUUGGCCUGCCUUGUGAUGUCACAAGGUGGUAAAUUAGUUAAUAUACCAAUAAGAAAGAGAGUUCCAAACCUCUCUGCCAAUUGCAGCUAUUUUUCAGUUUAUAUCUAUAUCUAUAUAUCUAUAUCUAUAGACUAUCAGUAACAUUUCAACUAACUAUCUACUAACCCUAGCAUAACCCUAACCAUAACCCUUAUCCUAACCCUAAACUUAACCCUUACCCUAACCCUUAUUCUAACCCUAACUGUAACCUUAGCAAGCAGUUGCUUAUCAACAGAUCAACAGUUGAUACAGUGAGGGAAAAAAGUAUUUGAUCCCCUGUUGUUUUUGUACGUUUGCCCACUGACAAAGAAAUGAUCAGUCUAUAAUUUUAAUGGUAGGUUUAUUUGAACAGUGAGAGACAGAAUAACAACAAAAAAAUCCAGAAAAACACACGUCAAAAAUGUUAUAAAUUGAUUUGCAUUUUAAUGAGGGAAAUAAGUAUUUGACCCCCUCUCAAUCAGAAAGAUUUCUGGCUCCCAGGUGUCUUUUAUACAGGUAACGAGCUGAGAUUAGGAGCACACUCUUAAAGGGAGUGCUCCUAAUCUCAGCUUGUUACCUGUAUAAAAGACACCUGUCCACAGAAGCAAUCAAUCAAUCAGAUUCCAAACUCUCCACCAUGGCCAAGACCAAAGAGCUCUCCAAGGAUGUCAGGGACAAGAUUGUAGACCUACACAAGGCUGGAAUGGGCUACAAGACCAUCACCAAGCAGCUUGGUGAGAAGGUGACAACAGUUGGUGCGAUUAUUCGCAAAUGGAAGAAACAAAAUAACUGUCAAUCUCCCUCGGCCUGGGGCUCCAUGCAAGAUCUCACCUCAUGGAGUUGCAAUGAUCAUGAGAACGGUGAGGAAUCAGCCCAGAACUACACGGGAGGAUCUAGUCAAUGAUCUCAAGGCAGCUGGGACCAUAGUCACCAAGAAAACAAUUGGUAACACACUACGCCGUGAAGGACUGAAAUCCUGCAGCGCCCGCAAGGUCCUCCUGCUCAAGAAAGCACAUAUACAGGCCCGUCUGAAGUUUGCCAAUGAACAUCUGAAUGAUUCAGAGGAGAAAUGGGUGAAAGUGUUCUGGUCAGAUGAGACCAAAAUCGAGCUCUUUGGCAUCAACUCAACUCGCCGUGUUUAGAGGAGGAGGAAUGCUGCCUAUGACCCCAAGAACACCAUCCCCACCAUCAAACAUGGAGGUGGAAUCAAUAUGCUUUGGGGGUGUUUUUCUGCUACGGGGACAGGACAACUUCACCACAUCAAAGGGACGAUGGACGGGGCCAUGUACCGUCAAAUCUUGGGUGAGAACCUCCUUCCCUCAGCCAGGGCAUUGAAAAUGGGUAGUGGAUGGGUAUUCCAGCAUGACAAUGACCCAAAACACACGGCCAAGGCAACAAAGGAGUGGCUCAAGAAGAAGCACAUUAAGGUCCUGGAGUGGCCUAGCCAGUCUCCAGACCUUAAUCCCAUAGAAAAUCUGUGGAGGAAGCUGAAGGUUCGAGUUGCCAAACGUCAGUCUCAAAACCUUAAUGACUUGGAUAAGAUCUGCAAAGAGGAGUGGAACAAAAUCCCUCCUGAGAUGUAUGCAAACCUGGUGGCCAACUACAAGAAACGUCUGACCUCUGUGAUUGCCAACAAUGGUUUUGCCACCAAGUACUAAGUCAUGUUUUGCAGAGGGGUCAAAUACUUAUUUCCCUCAUUAAAAUGCAAAUCAAUUUAUAACAUUUAUGACAUGUGUUUUUCUGGAUUUUUUUUGUUGUUAUUCUGUCUCUCACUGUUCAAAUAAACCUACCAUUAAAAUUAUAGACUGAUCAUGUCUUUGUCAGUGGGCAAACGUACAAAAUCAGCAAGGGAUCAAAUACUUUUUUCCCUCACUGUAGUAUGGCCAUCUUUAGAGCAUCUACAGACCGACUUUCCGGACUAUUCAAAUAAAGUGUGACCCUUAAUUGUUACCCAGAAAUGAUUUGAUAUUGAGAUAAAAACUCUUUCAUAUAUUUGUGAUGUGCCAAUCUAUUCUCACAUUGUUGUUGUGACAUUUUACUUUUAAAUAGUGAAGUCUUGCCAUUGAUAUGCCUUAAAGGCACAGGCCUUUAACGCAUUUAGUGGUUUGUGUAAAACCUAAUUUGAUAAACAAACAAUCACAGAGAAAACAGCACAAUGGGCAUACACUACUGUACACUUAGUGGGCCAUAUUUUGAAUGGUCUCCUACUUAUCUCUGUAUGAACUGCAUUAUCAACGGAACGGGUUGAAGUGAUAAGUCGAGAUGUAUCUAAGAUCUACACAUUCUGGAUCACCCCAUUGAAAAUAUGAUGGAUGUGGAGAACUGAACUUUAAGGGGAAAUUUUCAAUCACUUUAAUCUGACUAAACAGGUUUAUCAUUUGCAUAAUGUUUGUGGGAGAAUUGGCAACAGUUCUUUUCCCAUAAAAGGAAAAGAUAAAGGGACAUUGAGGCUCAGUUCUGGCCUGUUUUGGACUCAUUUUAUAUAGAGCCAUGACUACAGGGAACUCUCUUCCACCUCAACUCAAGCGAGCAGUAAAAUCUGAUAAAAAAACAAACAGAUAAAACAAUACCUCACGGAACGACAUGGACUGUGAAGAGACACACUCUAACACACACAUACACACACACACACUCUAACACACACUACACACACGCACACAAAUUGUAUUAUUGUAUAUUUUAUAUUGUAAAUGUGUAAUAUCUGAACAAUGUAACUUUUAAUGCACAAUGUGUUGAUGUAUUGUUGUAUUAUGAUGUAGUCUGUUGUUUUACUAUAAUGUAUUACUGUAUUUCUGUUUGGACCUUAGGAAGAGUAAUAAAUAAUCAAUAAUACAUUUAAAAGCUUGAUCCUCUUUCCGUUGUCUGUUCCUCGGAGCUCUCACUGCUCUCUCUACAAAGGGUUUCUUCUCUCUCUCUCAGAGAGAUUCUCUCUAUCUUACGCUCUCUCGCUCUCCUCUCUUCUCUCUCUCCUACUCUCUCGCUUCUCUUAUCUUGCUCUCUUCUCUCUCUCUAUUCUCUCUCUUCUUCUCUCUCUCGCUCUCUCUCUUAAUUUCGCUCUCUCUCUCUCUCGCUCAUCUAUCUCUCCGUCUCUCUCACUCUUGCUCUCGCUCUCUCUCUCUCUCCUCUAGCUCUCUCUCUCUCUCACUCUCACUCUCUCUCUCGCUAUCUCACUCUCUCUCUCUCUCUUCUCUCUCUCUCUCUCUCUCUCUCUCUCUCACUCUCUCACUCUCUCGCUCUCUCUCUCAGGUGGUGAAGCUGUUGAACACCAAGCGAUCUCAGAAUGUGGGGAUCCUCAUGUCCAGCAUCCACUUGGACAUGAAGGACAUUCAGAAUGGUGAGUGGUGAUGUUCCACCUCAACACAGCAUAACGACGUCAUUGCAACCAGUUACGCCCGCUGGGUAGUUACAGUUGAAGUCGGAAGUUUACAUACACUUAGGUUGGAGUCAUUAAAACUUGUUUUUCAACCACUCCACAAAUUUCUUGUUAACAAACUAUAGUUUUGGCAAGUCGGUUAGGACAUCUACUUUGUGCAUGACACAAGUAAUUUUUCCAACAAUUGUUUACAGACAGAUUAUUUCACUUAUAAUUCACUGUAUCACAAUUCCAGUGGGUCAGAAGUUGACAUACACUAAGUUGACUGUGCCUUUAAACAGCUUGGAAAAUUCCAGAAAAUGACUUUAGAAGCUUCUGAUAGGCUAAUUGACAUCAUUUGAGUCAAUUGGAGGUGUACCUGUGGAUCUAUUUCAAGGCCUACACUCAGUGCCUCUUUGCUUGACAUCAUGGGAAAAUCAAAAGAAAUCAGCCAAGACCUCAGAAAAAAGAUUGUAGACCUCCACAAGUCUGGUUCAUCCUUGGGAGCAAUUUCCAAACGCCUGAAGGUACCACGUUCAUCUGUACAAACAAUAGUAUGCAAGUAUAAACACCAUGGGACAACGCAGCCGUCAUAUCGCUCAGGAAGGAGAUGCGUUCUGUCUCCUAGAGACAAACGUACUUUGGUGCGAAAAGUGCAAAUCAAUCCCAGAACAACAGCAAAGGACCUUGUGAAGAUGCUGGAGGAAACAGGUACAAAAGUAUCUAUAUCCACAGUAAAACGAGUCCUAUAUCAACAUAACCUAAAAGGCCGCUCAGCAAGGAAGAAGCCACUGCUCCAAAACCACCAUAAAAAAGCCAGAUUACGGUUUGCAACUGCACAUGGGGAAAAAGAUUGUACUUUUUGGAGAAAUAUCCUCUGGUCUGAUGAAACAAAAAUAGAACUGUUUGGCCAUAAUGACCAUCGUUAUGUUUGGAGGAAAAAGGGGGAUGCUUGCAAGCCGAAGAACACCAUCCCAACUGUGAAGCACGGGGGUGGCAGCAUCAUGAGGUGGGGGUGCUUUGCUGCAAGAGGGGCUGGUGCACUUCACAAAAUAGAUGGCAUCAUGAGGAAGGAAAAGUAUGUGGAUAUAUUGAAGCAACAUCUCAAAACAUCAGUCAGGAAGUUAAAGCUUGGUCGCAAAUGGGUCUUCCAAAUGGACAAUGACCCCAAGCAUACUUCCAAAGUUGUGGCAAAAUGGCUUAAGGACAACAAAGUCAAGGUAUUGGAGUGGCCAUCACAAAGCCCUGACCUCAAUCCUAUAGAAAAUGUGUGGGCAGAAUUGAAAAAGUGUGUGCGAGCAAGGAGGCCUACAAACCUGACUCAGUUACACCAGCUCUGUCAGGAGAAAUGGGCUAAAAUUCACCCAACUUAUUGUGGGAAGCUUGUGGAAGGCUACCCGAAAUGUUUGACCCAAGUUAAACAAUUUAAAGGAAAUGCUACCAAAUACUAAUUGAGUGUAUGUAAACUUCUGACCCACUGGGUAUUUGAUGAAAGAAUUAAAAGCUGAAAUAAAUAAUUAUCUCUACUAUUAUUCUGACAUUUCACAUUCUUAAAAUAAAGUGGUGAUCCUAACUGAUCUAAGACAAUGAAUUUUUACAAGGAUUAAAUGUCAGGAAUUGUGAAAACUGAGUUUAAAUGUAUUUGGCUAAGGUGUAUGUAAACUUACGACUUCAACUGUACCUUAAUUGACCUCUCUAGACUUCUGAUGGAUCUAGUCAUAAUUCAGGUGUGGUGUUAUUGCCUCAAGUGAGAGGCCUCAUUAUUAAGUUAUCACUAGACUUUGAAGUAUGAAGGAUGUACUAUUAUCUUUCUCUCUGUGUGUUUCCAUCUUUCAUUUAGUUUACUAUAUUCUAUUUUAUCUCGCUCUCUCUCUCUCUUUCUCUAAUCUAUUGUCACUCUGCGUCCUAGUCUAAACUGCCUUUUUAAAGUGGAACUACUCCAGACUUAACUGAGAAUGGAUUCUCCUCCUGUUAUAGUCCUCUGAUUGCCUCGCCAUUCAUCCCUCAUCCGUGUGUCUAAACACUCCUUGUAAGAUGUACGCUGGGGAGGGUCUGUCUAUCCUAUAAGUCCUCUUGAUAGGCUUAUCUCAAUGGGAGGAGGUGGGCCAUACUCAUCAGUCGCCAGUGUUAGGACUUUCUUUCAGCAUACAGCAUUAGUGUUGAUUAGAGGGUACGGUAUUUCAUGGGGUGAUGAGAUUGGGAAAGAGAAAUACAGUGCUUCACAUGUUCAGAAUGAUCUGGGAACCCUCCAGAUAAUGUUACACUGUUUGGGAUUUAAAUAUGUUCUCUAAACCCCACAUCUAAAGAGACAAAUGAGAAAGAUACUUUUUUUUCUGAAUCAUAGUUUUUGAUCUUCUUUUUUAUGACUAUGGCAUUGUUUUAUAGAGAGUCAAGUUAGCUCUCCAUUGGUGGUUAUUUAAGCAAUAAGGCACGAGGGGGUGUGGUAUAUGGCCAAUAUACCACGGCUAAGGGCUGUUCUUAAGCACGACACAUCGCUGAGUGCCUGGACAUAUUGACCAUAUUGACCAUAUACCACACCCUCUCGUGCCUUAUUGUCAGAUACUCAGCCCUGUUUGAGUCAGUAACUAAAACCAAAUUAGUGAGAGAGAGAGAGCAGGCAGGCAGAGAGAGAGAGAGCAGGCAGAGAGAGAGAGCAGGCAGCGAGAGAGAGAGCAGGCAGAGAGAGAGAGAGCAGGCAGAGAGAUAGAGAGCAGGCAGAGAGAGAGAGCAGGCAGCGAGAGAGAGAGAGAGAGAGAGGCAGGCAGAGAGAGAGAGCAGGCAGAGAGAGAGAGCAGGCAGUGAGAGAGAGAGCAGGCAGAGAGAGAGAGAGCAGGCAGAGAGAUAGAGAGCAGGCAGAGAGAGAGAGAACAGGCAGAGAGAGAGAGAGCAGGCAGAGAGAGAGAGAAGAGGCAGCGAGAGAGAGAGCAGGCGGAGAGAGAGAGAGCAGGCGGAGAGAGAGAGAGCAGGCGGAGAGAGAGAGAGCAGGCGGAGAGAGAGAGAGCAGGCGGAGAGAGAGAGAGCAGGUGGAGAGAGAGAGAGCAGGCGGAGAGAGAGAGAGCAGGCAGAGAGAGAGAGCAAGCAGAGAGAGACCAGGCGCUGCAAGGAAGGGGGAGGCUGGCCCUGUGGUGACUGUGGAGGGAAAGAGAGUGUGAAAGGGUUGAGAGUGAAAGCUAAAUAAAGAGAGAGAGAAACUGGCAGACAGAGGGUAUGGUGUGAGAGAGAGAGAAAUGGAGUAUGUGACGGAGUCACAGGGGGACUGAAGUAGAGAUAGAGGAAUGAAUAUUAUAGAAGAAGAAAAGCUUUCCGAGGAUUGUUCAUCUUCUCUCACAGCAAUUUUCUGUUGACAGACAGACAUGGGAAAAUGAAAUAAAAUAAAGAACUGACAGUUUUACUUGUUUGACCAGACUGACCACAUUAUAGAAACACCAAAAGGCCUUUACACAGGAAUUUACAAAUCCAACAUGAUUUCCUGCAGAUCAUGGCCAGCCAAAUGAAUGAUUGGAAGAGGAUCACAACAGGGUUGAUGCUUUGUUUAUUGGUUUAUUUGGAUCCCCAUUAGCUUUUGCAAAGGCAGCAGCUAUUCUUCCUGGGGUCCACAAAAAACACAAAACAUGACAAGUAACGAAACACUGGGCCUUCUGAGUGGCGCAGCGGUCUAAGGCACUGCAUGCAGUGCUAGAGGUGUCACUACAGACCCUGGUUCGAUCCCAGGCUGUGUCGCAGCCAGCCUCGACCAGGAGACCCAUGAGGCGGCGCACAAUUGGCCCAGCGUCGUCCGGGUUAGGGGAGGGUUUGGCCGGCCGGGAUGUCCAUGUCCCAUCGCGCUCUAGCGAUGCCUUGUGGCGGGCCGGGCGCAUGCAUGCUGACUACGGUGUACGGUGUUUCCUUCGACAUAUUGGUGCGGGUUAAGCAAGCAGUGCGGCUUGGCGGGGUCGUGUUUCGGAGGACGCAUGGCUCUCGACCUUCGCCUCUCCCGAGUCCGUAGAGGAUGGGACAAGACUGUAACUACCAAUUGGAUAUCACUAACAAGUAAAGGUACACUGAUAGACAGGUCGGCGAAAAUACUGAUUCUUCACACAGAGAUUACUUGCUAGAUAUUGCUGCACUGUCAGAACUAGAAGCACAAGCAUUUCGCUACAAUCGCAAUAACAUCUGCUAACCAUGUGUAUGUGACCAAUACAUUUGAUUUGAUUUGAGAUUAAGGGAUUAGGUGGUGAACAGUAGCUACAGAGGUUUUCGUAGAACCCUCAUUCAACUGAUUUAUCUAUGGUUAUAUUCCAGGGAAGGUUACAUUCUGCUUCUAUUACAUAGGAGCUUGUGUGCAAAAGUUUCAGUUAGGAAUGCAUGUGUCAUGCAAGUUGAUGAACCUUUCGUAAUCAGAAGUACCGUCGGAGACCCUGAAUAUGUAAUGUUUGUUAUAUCCUGUUUCUUUGAGAUGAGCUUUGUUACAGUACUUCAACAUAGAUCAAAUGAUAUACCUGUGUGGUCUCACUGUGCUCAAUGCAUACCUCCACCAGUGUUAAAGGGGAGGGCUGAUCACGUGGAUACUCAGUUCCAAUAGUACCUGUUGUGUGAGAAAGCAGUCUGUACUGCAGUGUGUGAGAUGUGUCACCAGUUCAUCAGAUGGCCAACAAGAACCGCCCUGGUACAAACAACCUAGAAACCAAAUGUAUUGUAGAUAUGUGUAUUCAUUUUUGUACUGUAGAUUAUUCAUGUGUUGAAGUCACUGUGUUUUUACCAGCAACAGGCCAAAACCUGUUUCUCAUAUUUGUCAUGGAUCAAAAUCCAGGAUCAAUAGCAUUAUUUAGUAGGGAAAUGGGACUGUAAUCAGUCUAGAUAUCUUGACAUGUUAUCUUUUAGUCCAACAUGAAUUAUAACUCAGUCAGGGGGCUAAAGGUAUGAGUGUAUGGCAGAUCUGCCAAGGUUGAAAACAUGUUGUUGUUGUUCUUGUCAUGACUGGUUAAGAUUUAUUUGUGAGAUGGGACCAAAAUCUUUUAUCCAAUAGGAACUUGGCAGAUAUUAUCAUUAAAUGCUACCUAUUCUUUCCUUUCCUUUAAAGCCAUUCUGAACAUGGACAACACUGUGGUGGACCUUGAGACCUUGCAAUCCCUGUAUGACAAUGUAAGUUGUUUGCAAUAUAUUCAUGAUUAUACACUAUGCUUUUUCAUUGUAAACGUUUGAUGACAAGAACUUUCACAAAAGAAAAAAAAAGAGUUUUGGGUUUCUCAACCUCCAGUCCGUGGACCUGUGCUGGUCCGUGGGGUUUUGCUGGCCACUGGUCCCUGAGGUGGUUAAUUGACACUAAUUUAGUCAGCACUACAUUGAAAAAAACUACAAUUCCCAUCAAUUAAGUGCACCUUCCUUGGAACAUGUGGGAAGGCAGGCUUUUCAGAAACAGUCUUUGAAUCUUUAGUCAUUACCUAAGUCUUUAUAGUAUUUCCAGAAUAGUUUAAUGAUUUUGUUGUGGAUGUCAGUUCCACAGCAUCUGCUCUGAACAUGCCUCUGUAUCUGGAGUUCAUGUUCCAUCUGGUCCACUUGAAAGGCGAACUAAAGGAAAUGUGCUUUAAAUACCAAAACAAACAUGGACGCCACAAUCCCUAUUGGUAUGUGUGGUAUUUGGCCACAGAGUCAGCCCUGUGUACUGUAUGUCUGCUGGAAGGGGAUAUACUUUUCUCUAGUAAACUUCUAUUGUUGUUUAAAGAAGUUGGCUCCUCUCUUGUAAGACAUGCAUUAUCAUACAAGGGGAGUAGAGACACAUUAUCUCUAUUGGGUUUUAAUGUAUUUCUCUCCACUGUUAUAAUAGGCACUGUUUUAUUCAAGUACAAUGGGAUAAUAGAAUAAUGUAAUAAAGUUUGUUAUUAUUUAAUUGCUUUAGAAUAAGACUCCCUAGUACACCCUGCUGGUGGUGAAGGUUCCCAUAGCUACAUCAUUAGCCCUGCAAGACGUAAAACGGCCAGUGGAGGCUGCUGAGGGGAGGAUGGCUCAUAAUAAUGGCUGGAACGGAGGAAAUGGAAUGGUAUCAAACACAUGGAAACCAUAUGUUUGAUGUAUUUGAUACCAUUCCACUGAUUCCACUUCAGCCAUUACCACGAGCCCGUCCUCCCCAAUUAAGGUCCCACCAACCUCCUGUGGUUUAACCUCUCUCCCUCUUCUGUCUUGCCUGAGGCUGUGUUAUUGAGUUGAGGAGCCAAAUUGUUUCUCUUUUGUAUUGCGAGACUCCAUCCUGUCUCCCGGUCUCCAACCCCUAACCACAGUUGGCAGUGUAGCCACCCUGACUUCGGAAUGAGGGGUUCUAAUGGUUACACCCUCACAGUUCUAGAACACACUCACAAACACAGAGCCAUGGAGAAGGUCACUCCUCACUUCACAGUAAGACGUGGAGUCACCCUGUCUGUGGGCUCUGAGAAUAUAACCACUACUGCUCUCACAACACAAACCCACAGGAAGGAAGAGGUCACUGUGAGGUACCCCUCCCCACAAAUAUCAGGAGUCGUAACCAUCUCACACGACUCUUAGAAGUUCAGGGAACCCCUCCCAACACCACAUCACUGUGCACAUGAUAAGCAACAGCAUGACAAACUCCAACCCUUACACUCAUGACAUCUACUCAUAGGCUGCGACUGCAGAGGUUGAGGAACAUUAUAACAACACUGACAUUUUGAAUGAAAAACACAGAAUUGAUGACAGUGACAUGGGUCAGUACAAUAAUAGCACCUCAGGCUACGUUCUCACAGAACCCUUUCAUCAGAAAAUAAUCUUGACUUGAAGUUUAGUGCCAUACAUGGGAGGUUUAGAAAAACAGAGUUGACCAGAAAUAAAGGAUUGUUCACAUAGCAGUGACCUUUGGUCCAAAGUCAUUUUCCAAAAGGUCACCUUUCUCUGUAAUGUCACAUGCAACUUUCUCUCAUACUAUCACAGCCAAAAAGAAAUGUACCAAUUCAUAGAUCUCACCAUCAUAUCUUCUUGUCCACAAAUUACUCCUCACGUUGGUACACCCACAAGUUUAAAAAGGACCUGUUUCAUGUUAAAUGUAUUUACACUUUAAAACAUGUUGUUAACCAGAACCAGAGCUUCCCCUCGCGGACCCAAGGCAGAGUGUGUUGAAUACUAAUUCACCCUGUGUUUGAUGUGCUACUGCUGAUUUAUUCCUGGGCCAGGCUCUGGAGUCAACGUCAGGUCCCCUAGCCUGCUUCCUCAGACAAGCCUGAAGUCAUGAGAGUUUGCUUACAGAGUUUACAUUUCUCUGUGUCUGACGUUUUAUGGUUUUGCAUUCUGGAUCAGACCUGUCAACCUCUAUUGUCUUUGCCUUUGUUAAAUGAGAGGCCAUCUCUGUCCUGGUUUAUUUUUGUUCGACCACCUUGUACUAAACUGUGGUUUUGUGUCGGAGAAUGGGCAAAUAUGUUAUAAAUCGAAACCAUACUAUAGUGUUUAUAAAGUAUCUGCAAGGGCUGUAUUUGACCACAUUCAGUUCCCUUCUAAGUGAAAGAACAGGGUUUGUGUGCAUGUACAGUAUAUCUCAAGCACAAGGUAUUCUUUUGUGUUUCACUACUGUUACCCAUUAUCACACUCUUUACCUAUUUCAGAGAGCCCAGCAAGACGAGAUGGAGAAGAUUGAGAAGCACAUCAAGUCAUCCAAAGAUAAGGAUGACAGAAAGCCAUUGGACAAGCCUGAACAGUGAGAGCAAAUGUUGGCCAAGAAAAUCACUAUUUCAAAAUGGGGUCUGGUUAAGUCUUUUAUCACUAUCAUCUUGUUCUUGUUCUAUCCUCUUCUCUAAGGUUUCUCUUCCAGUUGUCCCAAAUCCCCAAUUUCUCAGGAAGGGUGUUUUGCAUCCUCUUUCAAUCAACCUUUGAUGAAUGCAUCUCCUCCAUCCUCCGGAAAGUUGAAAUCCUUCAGAGAGUGUGUACUGUGAGUCUCCUCUACAUCUGUCUGAAAACAGCCUGUAACGUUAGUGGACAAUGUAAUGUACAGCCAUGCAUCCAGAGUGUUCGGUGCAUAAGGAAUGAGAGCCAUUAUCUCUGCAGAGGGCAAAUAUUGAUACCAGAUGCACUGAAAUGAACUAUCUCUCGCUCUUCUUCUGUUUUGUCUAUUUCCCCCUCUGUCUUCUCUAUCCUCUCUCUUAUAUAUUCUGUCUCUCAUUUCCCUUUCUCCUCCUUUCAUUUAUCCUUCUCUACCUGUCUUCGUCCUCCCCUUCCUCUAACUCCCUCAACUCCUUGUCUCUGUCUUUCCCCAUGCUGUGUAUCAGAUUCUGCAGAGAGGUCAGUGUGUGAUGCAGGUGCUAGCUCUCGUCUUAGCUUUUGGGAACUUCAUGAACGGAGGGAACCGAUCACGCGGGCAGGCUGACGGCUUCACUCUGGACAUCCUGCCCAAACUCAAGGACGUCAAGAGCAGUGUGAGUGUGUGUUGAGCUCGGACCAUAACUGCUCUAUUACGGUGCUUAGGGAAUGGCUUUGUCCCCAAAUGAGUGGGUGACUGACUGCUUGUUAGACUUUUGGUGUACCACCAGUGGUGUCCUGUAAGAACAUAGUGGUCAGUGUUUUCAGUAUUGGAAUCCCAGAGAGGUGCCCAUAAAGAAUAUAAGACAAGUUACCAGCAGAGAUUUCACUUGUGUUUGAUGCAUUGCUUUGCGGUGCUGAACUUCUAAGUGAAAACAUUCUGCUCUAAAAUGAUUAGAUUAAUGACAAAAAGGAUUUACGGUUUAUUUAUUUGGUUUAUUUAUUUCUCUCUUUCAGGAUAACUCUCAGAGUCUUUUGUCAUACAUCGUUGCUUACUAUCUAAGGCACUUUGAUGAGGUAUGUUUUAGUUCCUGUUUAUUUGAACCCCUUUCUGAUUUACUCUGAUUUGCUGAGAUAUCUUUCCAGACCCCUUUUCAUCUUCCUUCUCGCCAGAGGAUAGCGUGGCUUAUUUUUUAAUCAAAUUAUUUAUUUUCCUUUCCCCCAUUUUGCAACAGUUCCCUCUCAGUUCAGGCCGACCUGUACUACGUUAGCUGGCACAGGAUCCAAAGGGGGCCUAUUGUAAAUAAUUAGGUUAGCCAGAUGAGAUGAACUCAGCCGAGAGUAUGUUGCCAACAUCAACCUACAUGACACUGUUCUGGGCUCCUAAUGGCUCCCUGGUAACACUGAUGGACAGCAUAAACGUAUUCUUCGAUUACAAUGGCUCCUCUCUAGCUGAUGACUAUAACCACUACCACCAUGCAACCGUAUCUUAUUGGGAAUGUUUGGACUACUGAUAAGAUACUACUGAUAUCCCAAUCUUACCUGAGAUGUAUGCUGGAGAGGGUUGCUCUGGUCUUUGAUGAUGAUUGACUUUGACUGUGUGUGUGUGUGUGUGUGUGUGUGUGUGUUGUCAGGACGCAGGUAGAGAGACCUGUGUCUACCCUCUCCCUGAACCCCAGGACCUCUUCCAGGCCUCUCAGAUGAAGUUUGAGGACUUUCAGAGAGAUCUACGCAAGCUAAGGAAAGACCUCAACGGUGAGACUGGCUCCCACAAAUAUAUUUUUCUCCAUUGGAGCUCCAUUUGCAAACCUUGGACUGUAUAUCACCAACACCAGGUAGUAAACCUGAAUCAACGUUGAUUAUGACAGGUGUCACAUCAUGUUUAUGAUCCAUUGUGUAGAGUUUAUGAAAGUAUAACUCGGGUGAAAUGCAUCCCUGUAUCUCUAUCAUGGGAAUUUCUUCCAAGUGUGCCCAACCAUAGUGCUGUCUUGAUCACGGAACAGGGUCAACAGAUAGCAUCUGUUUGUCGUACAGACCACCAAACCAGAUGGAGAGUCAGGAGCUGACUCCUGUAGAAUCCGCUAGGUGCGCUUUUACUGUCCUCACAACACAGAGAUCCAAACAAGCGAGGUUCAGAGGGCUUCUCCUACCUGUGUGCCCCAGCUCAGGCCCCUCAGAGUGGGUCAAGGGCCUGGAGAGGCCUCCUUAUUUAUGCAGCACCCGCAUACUCACAUGGGGUGGCGCGCAAUUGGCCCAGGUUAGGGGAGGGAAUGGCCGGCAGGGAUGUAGCUCAGUUGAUAGAGCACGGCGUUUGCAACGCCAGGGUUGUGGGUUCGAUUCCCAUAGGGGGUAUGAAAAAAAAAAAAUGUAUGCACUAACUAACUGUAAGUCGCUCUGGAUAAGAGCUUCUGCUAAAUGACUAAAAUGUAAAUGUAAAUUACAAACCAUAAGAUCUGAAGGUCCCAUAAUUAAAACCUUCAAAACUAUCAGUGUACUGGGUGGGUAGCAAUAAUGUUUGACAGCCAUCCAGUAGAGCAAGAACAGAAUAUAGUCUGUGUAUCCUUUUUAUUAUAGUUCAACCUAAAUACUAGGUCACUUCGCAUAUAAUACAAGUCCAGGUAGCAUUUAUGAAAAUGUUUUGGAGGUUUACAGGGAAUUACUGCGAUCAGGCUUGGCUGAAAGUCUGUAAAGUCUUUUCCCAACAAAAAGCCCUGAUGAAGUGUGGAAAUGAGAUUAUACACUUAAAGCCAAGCUCAUUGGUUGAAAACAAAAUCCCUGUGCGACCGAAUUAAUGACUGAAUGGGGAAAUACUUAUUAUAUUCAUUAGUCAGUCCUGACUCAUUCAACACUUACAGCACGUUAUAGGGGUCUACAGGUGGGGAAACAUUAACGCUAACAGAGUGCAUCUAUUUUAUAUGUGUCGAUCAAGAAUAAUCACCCAAAUCUCCUCUGUUCUCUAUCAUGUUUUAUGUAUCUUACUGUUAAACCUAUUGUUUUUUACUGCACUGCAAUCAAUCUUCUCAUUAUUUCUAACGCGUGAAGAUCGGGUUGCCCAGGUCCAUUGGGAGGCUGACUCACUUACUCAUUCCCAAUGGCAGUGUACCAUGAUGGCGUACAUAAAUGCUUCAUCACAUACUGUAGGGUUCUCUUUACUUUAGAGCUGAGUGUUGUAACAGAUGUGGGCUUCGAUGACAGUUGCCUUGGGAUUAGGUUAAUUAGUAGGCGUCCCACAGCAGUGGGCUUGUAUGGCCCUCAGGACAACAGCUAGCUCCACAGAGGGGGCCAUAUGGUCAACCAAUUAACUCCGAGAACUCUGGCAGGCAAGUUUUUGGAUUCAUCAUGGCCGCUGAUGGACCGUGACUCUGGGGUGCGUCAAGGGACGCUUAAGGGGUCUGCAGGUUCCAAGGGUAUCACUCAUUGUUUGGAGAAAAGUAUUAGGGUGAAUGGGAAUGCAUCAUUACUGGUUAGUUUGCCGUUGCCCAAUCCAUUAUGUAUGGUAAUUAGCCCCAAUUACACAAACAGGUAGAGUGUAAUAUUGCAAUGUCAAAAAUAGUAUUUACAAGCUGUCUCAUUCUUUUUCUUCCUUCUUUGUGCUCCUCCACUCCAGCAUGCUCGGCCGAGACAGAGAAGGUCUGUCAGGUCUCUUCUGAAGAGCACUUGCAACCCUUUAAAGAGAAGAUGGAGGAGUUUCUGAGCCAAGGUGAGUUUCCGAACACAGAGUACAGACAGGCAAGAGGUGAAGGUGCCCCAGUUGUGGUUACUUGACAAAUGACUCAACAAUCACUGAGGCCAUUUUGGGUUGUGGCUGAGACAAAUGGACCAUUGAUCAAUGAUAAGGGAAGCCAUUUUGGUUCUUCAAGUGAGAGUCAAGCUUCGAGACGGGUCAUUGAUACCCCUUAUCCUUGGUGCAACUAAAGUGUAGCUGUCCCAAAGAUGGAGGCCAAUAACUAAUGCCUCAGAUAUCCCACUGGAUUAUGUUCAGUGUCAGAAUACCUGACAUGAGGAAGCCAUCUUGGAUCUGUGUUAGAGAAUAGAGUGUAGAGAUGGGCAGUUGAUCAUCAUGCUAACCUUUGGUUAGACUGCACUGCAUCUGUCCUGCCAAGACUGAUAUCUCAGUUGCUCUUCUGGUUAAUGUACAGUGUUUGGAAGGAAGACAUGUAGAGACCAUCAUUCUACCUGCUCAGACCUGCACCUUGUGACUAUUUGCACUGACUCUCCACACAUCAAACCCUUACACACAAACACACACAAGCACACACACACACACACACACACACACACACACACACACACACAGUCAAUGCAGCUGUUCUAUUAUAUACUAUUUAUUCAACUGCAUGACCAAGUCACUACCCACUUUAUAUUGUAAAUACAGUCAUACUUGACAUAGCACACUGUAUAUUGUGUACAUAUCAGGUUAUUACAAUGCAUACUAUCUUCUUCUAAUAACUUAUUUUAUUAUUGUACUGCAAUGUUGAGGGAGUUAGCAUUUCACUGCACCUUUUAUACCUGCUAUAAACUGUGUAUGUGACGAAUGCAAUUUGAUUUGAUUUUGAUUUGAUUCAACGCAGUUUCCAUGGAGACCUCUGCUUAUCCCAGACUGCAUUGAAUAACUCAAGGCUAUUGUUUCAGCUUUGUCCCUAUGUUAUGAUGAGCUGUAGCAGCACCUGUUAGCUGAGCCUUUGACCUGUCUGAAGGACAUUUCAAGAGCAGACGUACACCCAGGCCAAACAUUAACACAUAAUGAGGACUACAGGCGGGAUUGGACCCUGACAGGGUAGAUAGUGUAACUGUAAUGGCAAUCUGGUUUGUCCUUGUCUUCCUCCUCCUGGUCAUUCUUCACCUCUUGUCUUUCCCUUUUUACUGUAUGGCCUCUGGGAGAGCCUCCUCUCUCAACUUCACUCGUUUACUCUCUCGUUCCCUCCAUUCCUCCCUCCGUCAUAUCAGGAAAUCAAAUAAACACUUGGAGGAAGCUGUUUACCCUGGGAACAGUUAAAACAGGGAUGAUGAAUUAGCAGCGGAAAGAGCGCUGAUGAUGAAUCCACCUAGCGCCUUCCCUCUGCGAUCGGCCAUGUUUGUUUUCAUUUGACCACAGUGUGUUUGUUAUCACCCUCCCUCCCAGAGCCUUUCAACAACCUCCCUUGAAAGAGUACCUUCACCACUGCAUCUCAGUCCUUUUAACCUCACUCUGAGGUAAAGCAUAGAAAACUCUGUUUAAAAGAAUGGAACUAUGCUCAUCAUAACAGACGAAGUAAGGUUUGGUUGUCAUGUCUAUUAAAACAUGUAGGAUGACAUUCUAGGCAGUUUUACAUAGCAGGGUAUUUCUAGCUAUCUGUUCCCUUUCUUCUUGUAAUUCUGAGCUCACUGGCCCUUCUCAAGUGCUGUUCUAUUCAAAUGAGAGUUGGUAAUCUAUAACACAUGCUCUUCCACUAUGUUGCUCACUGUCCUUGAGUCCAACUUUAAAGGAAGCCUGGAUGAAAGCGUCUCUCCGAAAUAAAUAUUGGGUUUUCCCUUUGAUGCAAAUGACGAGGUUGUCCUCAGAGAGAGGAAUGUUCGAUGUAACACUGACAUGUGACUUGGAAGGCUCCAGACUAAAUUCGCUGGGUGCCUCCACUGCGGCAAAAAAAGAGCAACAACAGCAAUGUCUUAUUUGUGUUAUUUCUAUAAUUUCAGACCCUGGAGUUAAACAGUUUCUGGCUCCACGGUUUCUACCACUCUUGUUUAUUUUCUGACCAUGAAACUAACCACAGAAUAACACUGAAAGGGGACUCGUAGGAACGGCACUGUUUGGUCUAGCUCGAUUUUCCCCGCUUGUUUCACAGAUUCUCAUGCAUGCGAUGCCUUUGAUGGAGUCUCUGUGCCUCCGAACAGAACAUUGGCCAUGUGAUAAUCUGUUUCUGAUGGAAAUAUUAAGAUUAGUAAUACUGGCUGCAUGCUCUCUUCAGGGGACUGACUACUGCCUUGGCUAGAAGGGUUGCCUACUCAUACCAUGUCAGAUAAGAUUUAUUCUGUGUUGUCCUAAAUCAAUUUCUAAACCUCUUGGUAUUGUACUGACAUGUGUAUAUAAGGCCGGUAUUAACUCACCCUAUACAGUGCAUGAUGUAUGAAAUUCAAAAUGGAUUCCGUACUUCUUUGCUGAUUGUUAUGCUGUUGCAUUGAUCUGAUGACAUCCAUCCUGUUCUGAUUUCUGAUUGGUUAUUGAUGAGCAAUAGGAAGCAGAUGUAGAAGAGAGCAUCAGUUAUAGGAUGAUUUAGUACAGGGAGCCGUGGACAAAAGUGAUCGUCCCAUUGUACAUGUCAGCGUUUCUUAGAUGUCGCUCUGGCUUCAAUUACACGCAGCGAUUUGAUGUUCCCUGGAUAAAGACAGGCCGAAGAUCCAUGCCAAGAAAGAUUCCUAACCCGUCUGCUUUAGUGGAUGUCUUGGAAAGCAAUGAAGAGGUUUUAGGUUUCUAUGGAUUUGGAUGCUACCCUUGAAGGAACUAAGAAUGGUAUAUAUCUACUAGCAGGAUUGUGUGUGAAAGCAAAAGCAAUAUAGCUGGAGAAACACGCAGAUGAGAUUGGCUGGGGUUUGAACCCGGGUCGUCUGCACGCCACAAGACUGUUGUUAGUCCAAAAGCAAGCGUGGUUCACCGAACCACCUAAGGUACAGUUCACCUUAGCUUUGACAUCCUUGUCUGCACACUACAAGACUGUGUCAGCCCACUCAACUAAAACGUUGGCCUAUAGGCAUUUUCUCAGGUAGCUAAUGCAAGUCAGGUCUCAGACAAAUAUUGGUUCACCAGAACACCUUAGUUACAGUAUCACAGACUUCCUCAAUAUCUCGAUGAAGUUACUGCACUGUAAAAAAAAAAAAGAAGAAAAAAAAAAGAUAUUGAUUCAAUGUACAAUUGUAAGGCAACCAGCUGCAAUAGGAUUGUGAGUUUGCUCAACAAAAUGUUCACACACAAACUUUUGUUGUGAGUUUGCUCAACACAUUUUUUUUUGUUGCAAACUCACAAUCCUAUUGCAGCUGGUUGCCGUACAAUUGUACGUCGAAUCAACAUAUUUGUUUAUACAGGGUGGAAGGAGAGAGAAUUAUGAAAAAAUCCUCCUAAGGCUAAGGAUAUCCUCUGGAAUUCCUCUGAGUUUGAGGAUAUUUCACAAUAAUUCCCUGAACUCAUUAAUACUAAAUGUACACAAAUAACACUUGCCUAGAAAACCAUGGUGUUCAUUUGUCAGUGGUGUCACCGCAGUCAGUUCAACACACAAUUACAUGAACUAACCCUGAAAAUGACAGCAAGUGUUAUUAAUGGUGAUGUGUGAAAUCCUGUGCAAACUGUCUAUAAAGGGGAAACCCAGUCAUUCUGCCUAUAUGAGAAAUUGUUUAAGCUACACUACUUGGACAAAAGCUUGUCGAACAUCUCAUUCCAAAAUCAUGGCCAUUAAUAUGGAGUUGGUCCCCCCUUUGCUGCUAUAACAGCCUCCACUCUUCUGGGAAUGAUUUCCACUAAAUGUUGGAACAUUGCUACGGGGACUUGCUUCCAGUCGGCCACAAGAGCAUUAGUGAGGUCGAGCACUGAUGUUGGGUGAUUAGGCCUGGCUCGCAGUCUGCAUUCCAAUUCAUCCCAAAGGUGUUCGAUGGGGUUGAGGUCAGGGCGCUGUGCAGGCCAGUCAAGUUCUUCUACACCGAUCUCGACAAACCAUUUCUGUAUGGACCUCACUUUGUGCACUGGGGCAUUGUCAUGCUGAAACAGGAAAGGGCCUUCCCCAAACUGUUGCCACAAAGUUGGAAGCACAGAAUCGUCUAGAAUGUCAUUGUAUGCUGUAGCGUUAAGAUUUCCCUUCACUGGAACUAAGGGGCCUAGCCCGAACCAUGAAAAACAGCCCCAGAACAUUAUUCCUCCUUCACCAAAUGUUACAGUUGGCACUAUGCAUUGGGGCAGGUAGUGUUCUCCUGGCAUCCGCCAAACCCAGAUUUGUCCGUCGGACUGCCAGAUGGUGAAGCGUGAUUCAUCACUCAGGAGAACGCGUUUACACUGCUCCAGAGUCCAAUGGCGGCGAGCUUUACACCACUCCAGCCGACUCUUUGAAUUGUGCAUGGUGAUCUUAGGCUUGUGUGCGGCUGCUUGGCCAUGGAAACCCAUUUCAUGAAGCUCCCAACAAACAGUUAUUGUGCUGACGUUGCUUCCAGAGGCAGUUUGGAACUCGGUAGUGAGUGUUGCAACCGAGGACAGACGAUUUUUACGAGCUAAGUGCUUCAGCACUCAGCGAUCCCGUUCUGUGAGCUUAUGUGGCCUACCACUUCGCGGCUGAGCCGUUGUUGCUCCUAGACGUUUCCACUUCACAAUAACAGCACUAACAGUUGACCAGGGUGGCUCUAGGAGGGCAGAAAUUGUAUGAACUGACUUGUUGGAAAGGUGGCAUCCUAUGACAGUGCCACGUUGAAAGUCACGGGCCAUUCUACUGCCAAUGUUUGUCUAUGGAGAUUGCAUGGCUGUGUGCACGAUUUUAUACACCUGUCAGAAACGGGUGUGGCUGAAAUAGCAGAAUCCACUCAUUUGAAGGGGUGUCCACAUACUUUUGUGUAUUUAUCAAUACUGAUAAUAAAACCUUGUUCUAUAGCUUAUGUGUAACCGGCCGCAUUGUUAUCAUCACCGCAUUGUAUCUUUAUGUUUUCCAUAAUAAUUGAACUAGUAACUACAGUAGCUCAUGGGAUGGAGUACCACAUGUACAGUAUAUAAUGAUCCAUUACUGCUGAACUCUGCAUACUGUCUGAUGUUAUCCUGUUGAGUGGCUUGCUAUGCCUAUAUUCUGACUAUGUUUUCUCUCACAGCAAAAACUCAUCUGGAGGCACAAGAAACACAACUAGAGAACACUCAUAAGAUGUAAGAAUACACCUGAUGUGAUUUUUUCAGAUGUUAGAGCUUCAGUAUGAUAACAUUGGGACAAUGAUAAUGUUGUGUCACAACAGCUUACUAAAUUAUCAGCUAAGUUCACUCUUUACUGCGCUGUGUCAAUGUUUAGAUCCCCAGGCUACAUGGAACAUGUACCUCUACCUCUAGAUGGCCUUUACUGCGGGUCAUGUGAUAGACUAAAGGUGUCCAGUGUCUGGGUUGUUUAUCCAAGCAGAGCCAGAGUAGACAGCGUUGGCUCCAGGCUUCUGUUAACACUAGGCAGGAAUGUGUUCCCCCCAAACUCCAGGGUAUUGAUCAAGCACAAAACCAGGGCAUUUGUCACUUUCACGUGUGCUCUCUCUUCCUCUAUUUAUCUUUCUCUCCUGUUUGUCUCUCUCUCUCUCUCUCUCUCUCUCUCUCUCUCUCUCUCUCUCUCCUCUCCUCUCUCUCUCUCUCCUCUCUCUCUCUCUCUCUCUCUCUCUCUCUCUCUCUCUCUCUCUCUCUCUCUCUCUCCUCCUCCUCUCUCUCUCUCUCUCUCUCUCUCUCUCUCUCUCUCCCCCUUUCUUUAUGUGUUUGUCUCUGAGACUUGAGCACAGUGAGAUUCAUUUCCUUUAAAGGUUUUAUAACCUUUUCAUCUGGAAUUUUAUGUGUGGAGGGAGAAUAUCACUUUUAUGUUAUCGACUUAGGAAAGAAUGUGAUUGUGGCAGCUAAUACAUUCUAGUAUUUCUUUGUGUACUGUUCUGAAAUGUCCAGUCACCUUUACUUAGCAUACUUCCAUAUCAAGUGUUUUUGUGAAAUGCUCUUAUUUUUCUAAGAUUAACUUUCACAUUUCACAUAUUUAUUAUAAGCCUGCAGGUUUCACAAUAACUUAGUGUUUCUGUAAUCUACAGUUGUAAUUUGGGUAUUUUGGGUUUGAUGUAAUGUUUUUGUUCUUUCUAUCCUCAGUUUUCUGGAGCUGAGCGUGUUCUUUUCAGUCAAGGCCAAGGCGGGCGAGAAGGAAGUCUCUCCCAACACGCUGUUCUCUGUGUGGCAUGAGUUCUCCACUGAUUUCAAAGAGCUUUGGAAGAAGGAAAACAAACGGAGGUUACAGGAACGGUAAGGAUUGGUGCAAGCGGUGUUUUGCAGUCCUUUUAUGUGUGUUGAGUCUUAUCGUAUUCAAUGAAAGACACUCUUUGCUGGGUCUAACUUUGUGGAGGGUUGUACAAUGUAUGUUCUGACCUUCUACAGACCUACCAUAGACCUACCAUAGACCUACCACAGAUCGACUGUACGGUACAUGUCAACUUUACUACUAUAUCUCCCUGGAACACAAUGAACCUACUGUUUCACAUUCACCCUCAAGCACACCAAGCACAUUACCUUGACAAGCCAAGUGAAGUCAUCCGUCAGCUUAGUGUGUAGAAUAAAGCACCUUGACUGAGGUCAAAUGUAGUGCACCUUGAGCUCUUCGACUCCCCUUGAAACAAUAGAGAAGGCUGUGUGUUGUAACAACCAAGGAUGCUGUGGCAAUCAAACACCAUUAAUCCCAGAAUGGAGUAGAUGUUUUAUGUAAUCAUCUCGUAGAAGGGAAAUGGAUCAGACAAACGUACAUUUUGAUUCCUAUAGAUAUAUUCAUAUUUCUAUUGAACCUACCCUGUGCGGUCAAUAUCAAGCAGAAAGUCAGGAGUCGCCAUAGAUGAGAGUGUUGAAUCUUCAGUGUUGGAAUGAAUGAUCCCCAAACAUGAGUUUCCAAUAGCAUGCAUCACAUGUUCACUAUUAGAUCCUAUCAGAGUCAUUCAAAUUCAUAGACAAGAUAAGAGAGAGAAGGGUUGAAACGACCCAGAUCGGUUUCUUAACCUCAAUAAUGAAAAGAACACAUGAGCGAUUCUGUUAGCUUCCAGUGGUUUGAUGGGUUUAGAGAUAGCAUUUGAAAAGUCAACAAAUGCUAAUUGUUUCGUUCUGCUGGAUGUAGAUUACAUUGUGAUAUGUAUUUGUAAAAUAAAAAGUCAUGUCUUGUGUUUUGUUCAUUUGCGGAAUGAUGAAAACAAAGUUGUAUUCAUUAACUAUCUAGACAAUUUAGACAUUUAGACUCCCCCCCUCAACCUGACUUACUACAAAGGCAUACCAAAUUUGGACAAACACGCACACACGUGAAUUUACUGGUGUAGAAUGUAUUUUUUUACAGCGUGCAGUGUUGAGAGUCAGGCCACUGAAUGGUUUAAAGCUGGCUCUAUCAUCACAGUGGAUCAGAAAGGGGCUUCUUAAAACAUUGGAACUGGUCACCCAUAACUUUCUCCUGUGUAAACAGCACAGACCCAAACCUUGCCUGGAGAACCUCACUGCUGAAUUGCCUGACCUUUUACUACUGCUAUCAUACCUUAUCUCCAUUUCUAGGAGAAGGUACAUUCAAAUGCAAGCGUGUGUAUAUUACAAAUGCAUGGCUGAAACUAGUGGUGUCUUUUCAGACUGAAAAUGGCAGAGGAGGUUUUCAAACAAGCCAGAGAGAAGGCCUCGUACAGCGUCAAACCCAAACAGUCCUCUGGAAUAGUGAGUUCUCUUGUAGUCUAUUUUUCCUUUGUCCUAAAUACUUUUCUCCUAACACCUUUCUGUAUAUCUUCUGUCUCCUUAUUCCUCAUAAUAUACAAAUGUAGGAACUUAAUUUGACCUUUAGAAAAUAAUCUUGCAGCAAUAGGAUUUUAAUGUAUAGUCAAUUUAUGUAAAUCACGAAGCUCAUCUGCAUGGAAAAUUCUCAGCAACAAAGGAGUGAUCAAAUGAAGAUCAUACAUCUGUAUUUUCCCCCUUCUCACUCCUCGUUUUAAAAAUCUCUGUAUAAAUCCCACCCGUCACCACUUUAUUUUAGUGUCAAAAUGCAGGGAUUAAUUCAUUUACGUGCCCCAUUGUAAUGUCUGAAACUCACUUCCAUCUGUUUUGAAUUCCACAGAAAGCCAAACUGGGUCAGAAGAUCUGAGCCAAUGGACUGGAGAAGUCUUACCCAGGAAAGUUUGCACAAGUGAGAUCAACACAAUCUGAUAUGUCUUUUUAGCUAUUGUAAAUAGUUUAUUUCUGUCAUCCAACUGGUUAUACAUGUAAGUAUGCCCAACAGGUUGUUACCGUGUUGGAAAGUUUGAUAUAAACACAGUACCAUGCUUUGGCGCAGUCUGUCAAUGAGAGAUUUCCCCCAAGUCCAAAGAAAGUAUUGUGCUGUCCAAAGUAAGUAUUGUAGAAUGAAUUAAACAGUUAAUUAUUUUUGGACAGAUGCCAUUUUAAUGAGAAAUGCAUCGUUUUCCAGUGAGACACACAUGUUGUGGUAUCUAGCCUAUCCCCUGUAGCAUUUGAUAGAAGACACCAGUUAAGACAAUCAUGUUUCUAUCCAAUAAGCCAUUUCUAUCCAUAUAUGCACUGCCUUCCACUAUAAAAAGGAGCACAAGAGUGAGCUUGUAUAUAUUUGCUUACCAGACAGCAAGUGCCUUUAUAGCACACUGAGCUAGUUAAUGACAAAUGAGCCAAUGAAAUGAAUCUACAUUACUCUGACAAUACAACCUGUAUGGAAACCAGACCUGCUUAGUGAAAACCUGCAUUGUGACAAUCAUCAGUUUAUCAUACAUUGUAGUUUCAUAGAAGGAUGAUACAUGAUGUACAGUUGUAGUUUAUGCAAUAAAUCAUGAACUUAACCAUGACUUGAGCUUAGCUGCUAAGGUAUUUAGUACUAAGGUAUUCAGUACUAAGGUAUUUAGUAGGUCAUCAGGAUUUCACAUCAUCCUCUAUUGUUUUUUAUUAUGGAACCAUAGCUACAUGUUGAAAUAAUAUUAUACAGUGAGAAAUACUGAUGUAAAAUAUAACUCUAAAAAAUAACAUUAUCCACAUUACAUGUAAAAUUAUAUGCAAUCUGUAUGUGACAUAUCAUGUAUGAUUUGUAUGUUUGAAUUGUUUUCCUGUACUAUGUUCUGUUGGAGCCUUGUAGAGCUGUUGGUGACUGUGUCCCCAUGUGCAAUAACGCCUUUGUUCCUGAUAAAAUACUAUUUAUUGAAGAUGAAUCAUCCUGAAAGUCUUUAUCUGAAUAGUUGUUGAGCCUAUUCUUCUCAACCAUCAUUAGUCAACCAUAUCCUUUAAUGCCACAACAUUGUUUGCAUUCAGACCACACAGAUGUUUCACAUGAAAUAGAUUUUAUAUAUAUUUAUAGCUAAUUAUCUUUUGACAUAUACAUAUAUAUUUAUAGUACAACAGUUAUACAUAAAAUAAUAAUAUCAUUUAUUUACUGGCUAGCUUGAUAUUUGUGUGAAAUAUUUCACAGGUGGCUCUGAAAUCCACAGGCAAAUACUUAGACAGACUAGGGGUCUUUCUCUCAAUCUGAAGCCCUAUUGGCUGGACAGUUCCCCCAGGUAAGCCCAGUCCACAACACAACACAACAUGCCAUAGACAGCUGAAGAGCUCCACUUUCAGUCUAGAACUUGGUGCUGUGUUUAUGGUUUUAUAUGUCCCUUCUAGAGCCAAAGGCCAGCUGAAAGGGGCCUUCAGUCCAUGGCCAUAGGUAAG